AUGUUUGUUUGUGCAUUUAACAAAACCAGAGAAAGACAGAGAAAAGAAAAGAACGAAAUGGGUAAGAUAGUUGAGAGGAAGAAGAAGAGGAAGGGAAGGCCUUCUCUUCUAGAUCUUCAGAAACGUACUCUCAGGGAAGAGCAGCAACAGAGCAGCAAACCAAACAACUUUACCCAAAAAAUUACAUCGAAUUACAGCUCUGCCGCUGCGAAUCCAAUUCGUCGAUCCACGCGGAGGAACCCGAAUCCAUCUCCGGAGAGAGUCGUGUCCGACGAUGAAGACGAUGAAUUGGGAGCUAAUCGGCGCGAGAAGAAGCUGAAGCUCGUGCUCAAGUUGCAGAAGUCUGAUCAGAAUUCGAAUUCUAACGCCUCCGAUUCCGACGAAAACGCUGCACGUAAUCACAAAAAGAGGAAGAUCAAUGCAAUCGGAGGUGGAUCUGGGAGUGGGGAUUCUGAAAAGAGAGAGAAGUCUAUUUCUGGUACGAACCCAACAAAUAACAAUCAAGGGGCUUUGUUAGAAUCUGGACCCUCAACGCCUUUACCUGAUAAAAAGCUUUUACUGUUCAUCCUUGAUAGGCUUCAAAAGAAGGACACUUAUGGCGUGUUUUCUGAGCCAGUGGACCCAAAAGAGCUUCCAGACUACCAUGAAGUCAUUGAGCGUCCCAUGGAUUUUUCAACUGUUAGAAAACAACUAUCUGAUGGAGCUUAUGCCAACUUGGAAGCAUUUGAGAAAGAUGUUUUCUUGAUAUGUUCCAAUGCAAUGCAGUAUAAUGCACCAGAUACCAUAUACUUUCGACAGGCACGAUCCAUACAAGAACUGGCAAUGAAGAAUUUUGAAAAUCUAAGGCAGGACAGUGAUGAUAAUGAACUAGAAACUAAAGUAAUAAGAAGAGGGAGACCACCAAACAAGUGGAAAAAGCCACCGGGGAGGCCCCCCUUGGAGCGUGCUCGUUGGGAGUUCCCCUCUGAUGCUACUCUUGCUACUGGGGCAGAAAACACUAUCAGGUCCAAUUAUGAUUUAAGAAAACAACCUCUUAUUGCAGACAAGUCUGGGUUUGCAGAAUCAUCUGGACGAUUUUACAGUUCUUGCAUUGACAUUCACAGUGGUUUGUUGGCUGAGAACAAAUUUGAGAGAAAUGAUGAAGUGGCAAUGUCAAGGGGUUAUUCCAUGAAGCAUGGUAAAAAACAAUUUGUACCUGAUGAGAACAGGCGCAACACAUACUUGCAAUUUCAUCCAUCAGCUGGUGGGCGGGAGCAAUCUGUGUUCACUACUUUCAAUAUCAAUAGGAAGCAGCUAAUGGCUGUAGGGCUUUAUUCGGAGCAUGGUUAUUCUAGAAGCCUUGCUCGUUUUGCUGCAAGCCUUGGACCUGUUGCUUGGCAAGUUGCUUCAAAAAAGAUAGAAAGGUGUUUGCCUGCAGAGAUUAAGUUCGGCCCUGGAUGGGUUGGAGAAAAUGAUGUCACACCGCUGAAGCCCAUAAUACUUCCUUCAACUCCUCAGAGUCUGCCGUCUUCUGUACGUCCCUUCUCCAUUGCUGAAAAUUCUUGUUCUGCUACCAAACCUACUAUGAUUGAAUCAAAAGGAGAUAAAUUAACAGAGAAACCUGAAGUGCAGAAUUAUUCAGAGAAGCAUGUACCUCCAACACUCGCACCCUUGGAUAGCCAUUUAAGAAAGACUGACCCUGCAUCUGCCAUCAACUCUUCAUCCCUCUUUGUUGCCAAUCGAUUGUCAUCAUCAGAGCCUUACACUGAAAAAUCAGAAGUGGUUGAUGGAUCAAACUCCCAUACUGGAUUUAACAGACUGAACAGCAGUGUGGGAACAAUCGAUACAAGGCCUCCCAUUCAGAUUCAUCAGAGCCCUUCAAUUCAUCCUGGAAUGAAUGGACUUAAUGGCACAUGUGGGUUUAACCUCCCAGCUCAGAUGGGGAAACUAAUUGAGGCUGCCAAGUCUGGUGAACUGAGUUUUCAGCCAUCUCAGAUGCUUGAUAGGGUCUCUAGAAUUAAUACUAACUUUGUCCAUCCAACGACUCCAAACAAGUUGAACUCAGAAGAUCCCAAGUUAGCAGAUAGUUCAAAGACAAUAAAUCAUGGCAGAUCAAUGCCAAAUUCAGAAAGCCAUGCAUCAAUAACAUCGACACCAGGGCAUCAUCGCCCAGCAUGGCAGGGGCUAUCACCUCAUCCAAAACCAGAUUCCGGUUUGUCACCACAACAAAAGUCAGAUUCAGUCCCACCUGACCUAAAUGUCAGGUUUCAUUCUCCAGGAUCCCCUAGUUCUAGCAGAGUAGAUUCAAAGCAGCCAGAUUUAGCAUUGCAGCUGUGAUAAUAAUUAAUUUUUUUACUCCUCAAUUUAAUUAGGUUAACCACAGAAUGGUGUUAUUGCUGGAAUGCUGAUUAGAGCCACACCCAACUGUAUUCUAAAAGAAGAGUAGAUUAUUAUUCUUGUACAGAUUAAUGUAUCCUAAUUUAUAGGUCUAGAAGCAAAAAUGAUCUCAUUCAUAAUAUUGUAAACCAUUAAUAUGAUGUAGUUCAGAAUUCAUUUUCAGAUGAUGUUAAGAUGUUUAUAUCAUUUUCAUAUUCAGAUUUCAAAACUGUUGUUAGAA